AUGACGUCAGUGGUAGACGAGAGAUUAAGAAAGUUUGAAGAGGACUUCACGAGAAAGCAGCAAGAGUCAGUCAAUCAGGAGGAUCGACGGAACGAGGUGACUAUAGAGACACGAGGAGAAGGCGAAAAGGGGCUUAGAGGUAGCGACCGAGCUGGAGACAUACCUCACAGGGAGGAGUAUCAGGAGGGUGAAUUGCAUGAGGAUCAGUUUAUUACAAGGUUUAUUGAUUUGGCCAAGUAUGUGCCAAGGCAGAGCGAGAAAGAACAUCAAGAGCAUCUCCACAUCGCACUACAAAUUUUGAGGGACCAUCAUUUGUAUGCUAAACUAUCAAAGUGCGAGUUCUGGUUAAAAGAAGUAAAGUUUUUGGGUCACAUUGUAUCUGCUCAGGGAGUGGCAAUGGAUCAUAACAAGGUGGAUGCAGUACUAAAGUGGGAGGUUCCCAGAUCAGUAACCGAGGUGUGGAGUUUUGUGGGAUUAGCUGGUUACUAUUGGAGAUUCAUUCAAGGCUUUUCUCAGAUUGCAAUACCAUUGACUAAAUUAACCAAAAGGAUCACCGUUUGUUUGGACGGAGAGUGUGAAGCGGCGUUCCAAGAGCUGAAGACCAAGUUGACUACAGCCUCAGUCCUUACCCUUCCAACUCCUGGAGUGCCUUAUGCUCUUUACAAUAACCCGAUGCAUCACUAA